UUAAACCAUAAUCCAAUACGGUUUCAGUGAGAGAGCACGUAUCAAUAGACACUGCCAAGUAAUAUUACUAGAAGUCAGAGAGCUAAUCAAAAUAUUGUAAUUGUUGCAACGUCCAGUGAAUUUUAGUGAUAUUCCUAACUCUAUGCAGAUUACCAGGACCCAAAGUGACGUGCAAUGCUUGUUUAUAGUGACUUUUGAUAAUAGUUUACGAAAAUUUGUGUUAAAUAUAACUUUUUUGACUGUGAAAUGUGCCGUGGUUUUAUAGCUGGUGCAUUUAUUAUUUUUAUUACUUCGUGAUUGACGUGCCCAGUGCCGCACAAACAAAUCUCGGAAACAAUAGUUGAGUGUGAGUGCGCCAGCCGAAAUACAUCGUUGUCUGCACCCAGAGGAUGGUAGAAACUGACCCCGGGCCCAAGAAACCACACAAUUGUGAUGUAAGAAGUGACCAACAGCUAAACGGCCAGGAUUCCAAAUCAGCCGAGCUUGCCGUCAAACCACCACUGCACUCACCCACAAAGUUCGAUCCUGAAAAGGGAGUCCCCGAAAAAGCUGACUUCGAAAGGGCUAUCGAACUAGCUCGAUAUGGCCGCUUCCACUAUCUCCUACUCGCCGUGUGUGGUCUCGUCAGCACAUCCGAGGAGAUGGACGUCAUCUCUAUGUCGUUCAUCCUCCCCUCGGCACAGUGCGACUUAAAUCUCACCACACAGACUAAAGGUUGGUUGAACAGUAUCAUCUUCAUCGGCAUGAUGGUGGGGGCGUACGCAUGGGGCUCAGUGGCGGACUCACUGGGUCGAAAGCGGGUGCUCAUCGUCAUCUCCAUCAUCAACGGCCUUGCAAUCGUCGCUUCCUCCUUCAGUCAAAACUACGAGCUUUUCAUGUUCUUCAGAUUCGUCAACGGUGCUGCACUAGGAGGUUCAGGUCCUGUCAUCUGGUCAUACUUCGCGGAGUUUCAGCCAAAAAAGAAAAGAGGUGCUAUGUUGAGUUUUAUGGCCGCAUUCUGGACUCUUGGCAACUUGUUCGUGGCAGGAUUAGCUUGGGUUAUCAUUCCUAGUGAAAUCGGCAUUCAAACUGGUGCUUUUAUAUAUAACUCCUGGAGGAUAUUCUUACUUGUCAUGUCAAUACCCUCAUUCUUGGUAGCAGCGCUGUUAUUUUUAUUACCUGAAUCACCAAAAUUCUUGAUCUCGACCGGCCGACAUGAGGAUGCCUUGGAAGUCUUCCGGGGUAUCUACAUGAUGAACACGGGCAGAAGUAAAGAAGAAUAUCCGGUAAAGCAAUUGCUAGUAGACGAGCCCCACCACCAGAAACCCGAAAAGACCAUGGAUGUAAAAGAGCCAAAGUCAAAGCUGAGAAGAAUGUUAAGUGACAUCGUGGAACACAGCAAGCAAUUGUUCGUGCCGCCUAUUCUGAAGUUUACAACAAUAUCCAUAACAAUCAACUUCACUUUCCAUAUUGGGUAUUACGGUCUCAUGAUGUGGUUCCCCGAGAUGUUCAACAGGUUCGACGAGUGGUCGCGCACGCACGACAAUGCGGAGGCAGACAUCUGCCAAGUGACUGCGUACGUAACCAAGUACGGCACACACUCGACGGACGCUCGCUGCGACCCGCACAUACACUCGGACGUGUUCAUGGAGUCUCUCAUAACGGUCGCCGCAGCCAUACCGUCUAAUAUAUUCGCAGUGCUUGGCAUGGAUCGACUUGGCAGAAAAUUCUUCUUGGUAUUCGCGACGUUCUCGGCUGGUCUCUGCUCAGCCGCGAUGUACUACGUCUACAACAAGACAAAUAACUUGAUAGUUAGUGCCAUCUUCAGCUCCGUGAUAUCGUGUGGUAACGCCUCACUCGACUGUCUGAUCACCGAAGUCUUCCCCACUAAUUUACGAGCUACCGGUGUUGCAGUGUCGAUGGUAGCCGCUCGUUUGGGAGGUAUCAUUGGUAACGUGGUCAUAGCAGCUCUACUCGACACCUAUUGCCCAGCACCCACCUUCAUCGUGGCCGUACUCCUAGCUGGCGGUGGUCUGAUGUGCCUCUUCCUUCCCAACACCACGAGACAGGCUUUAAAAUAACCAACGUACAAACCAGCACAGAAUGUAGAAUAGAUUCAAUCAAAAAUACUUAAAUUCCGGCACGUUACAAAUUAUUGAUAUCUGCCUAUGAUUGAAAUUAUGCUAACUGCAUUUGAAGGGACAGAUUGCGGUUAUUUAUAGGCAAUAUUAUUUCAAUUAUAUUUUUUUUUUCAUUUAAAGGGCACCGCUAUGAAGCUUAGCUAUGAGUUAAAUUAUAGCACUACUCAGACUUGACAUGGUAUCACAGUAUCUCGUAAUGACGAGAGCAAUAAUGGUGCUGGACAGUAUUUGAGGGCUGAAUAUAUCGCUUAACAUCAGGUGAACGCUCCAUGACUCGCUUCGUCAUUUUUCAUAGAAAAAAUAUGUCGUGCCAUUAGAAUUUUGCCAAACAGCAUAGCGUGUCAACUGUCAAUAGUACUGUAUAAUAUAUAUGUUUAGGACAAAAACGUUACGAUGCGAGGAGAUUGUUUUUGGAUUCAGCCUAGCGAAACUUUCUAAGAAAAAAGAUAUUGCAUGAAACGUGCAGUGGUUGAUAAAUUGACAGAUGACGGCUAUCCUCUACGUUUUUAGCAACUGUUCGCUUUCGGACGUAGCCGGAUUAUACUUUGUCGCCCUAAAUUUAGGCAGUCGCGCCUCUUAAUAUGUAGCAUUUACAUCCUCUUUGAUUGAAUUAUUAUGGCAUUGAUCAAAUUAUAUAUUAUGUUAUAUACUCACAAAACAACCGAGAUGAUGUUAAAACUAAACUCAAAUAUGACAGCUAUUUAUUGUCACAAUAUGUAAACAGCCGUUACUCGUUUGAUAUCUAGAUCUACAUUUUAGAUAAUUUAUACGUCCAGAUAGAGCCUCUUGCUGUUAGGCAACGCAUGAAAACAGGUCAGGUUUAUUACUUUGUUGUAGUGUGCGUGCGUUGCUGAAAAUAUAGGUUAGCAGUUCGCCGCUAUUUUUCGAUGUGUUCUAUCUAGACGUAUAAAUUCUCUAGGACCUUCCUUGCAAAUGUCAAAAAAGAUUUUCGACUAUGUUUGACAUAAAAUUAUCAUAUUAUAAUAUUUUUAUUGGAAUUAUGUAUAUAUUAUGUAGUUUACUGUUUUCUACAGUAGGUACUAAAGUAAUGGGUAUCAAUUUUCGUAUCCAUGUAAUUUAUCAAUAGCCACGGAAAAUGAAGAAUCUACAUUUAUUGCAAUGUUGUUAUUUAAUAACUAAUUGCAGCUUCAAACUUUAGAUUAUUUAUAUGUCUAGAUAGAACCUCUAGCUUUUAGGCAAUGCAUGAAAACAGGCCAGGUUUAGUGUGCAUCGCAAGCUACGUCCUCCAUCUGCGAUAUGUGUGUCACUUUAUUUUAGUGUGCGUGUGUUGCUGAAAAUAGAGGUUAGGAGUUCGCCGCUAUUUUUCGAUGUGUCACAGUCUAUCUAAACGUAUAAAUUAUCUAAACUUGGUUUUCCGAUAUGAACUAAGCCUGUCUGAUUAUAAUACGGAUUUUGUAGAUAGUUCUUAUUUGUACAAUAUUUACUUAUUUAUUGAACCAUCAUAAUUGUGGAAAACGACAACUCGAGAUUCCAGUCUUUUCUUUUGUAAAAAAAUAUUACCAGAUUCUAAGCAGGCGAAAUGUUUAUUAUUAGGACCUAGUUAUUUGAAUAUUUUUUGCUAUGAAAAACUACACAUUUAAUGUUAAGAAAAAGUUUUAAUCAUUAAAUUGCAAAAUUAUAUGGAAUUUUGGUUGCACGUAGUAGACCACUCUUAAAUUAAUUCCGAUCAAAUGUAUGAUAUCUUUUAUGAGCUUUGGCUAUUUAUAUAUUACAGUGAUUUUACGAUUCCAUAAAUUGCAUUAUAAAAAAAUUAAAAGUAUUAAUAGGUUAAGUCAUGAAAUAUUGUUAAUUACGUUUUAUUAGAAAUUUUGAGAUACGAAUUAAAUACUGUUACCGUAGUUUUUAGUAAUAAUUAAGUGUAAUCAAACAACAUAGAGGUAGUAUAGAUAAAAUUUUGUAAUUAUUAUAAAAAUCGUAGAUAAAAAAUUUAGCUACACUGGCAAUAAAUUUGAAUGAUCAUGAUAA